AUGGCCAGAACCAGGAAGCAAGCCAGCGAGAGCAAGACUUCACAUACCUCGGGCGUGACCAAGACGAGAGCAAGUCACCCGCGCCGCGGACGGCCCACGAAAAGCACGAGCAAGCGCUCCGGCAAGCCCAGCAAUGAGCCUCCCCCCAUUCGGCUCACUUCUGCUACUAAUACCACUGCUCCCGACUUUGUCGUCCACGGAUCCGUCGACGAUGCACUCUUCAGCCUCACCUGCUAUCGUGGCGAGGGAAUGUGUCUGCUCGCCAUGAACUGGAAGCAGGGCACGCCGACCGACGACUUCGUCGGCUUUGCGAUCGAGUUCUUACCCCCGGGAGGCCAGCAAUUCUACGCCCUGCAGAACCGCCUGGCAUUCCCCACUUCCAAGGGGAGCAUCGACCCGAACACCCAGUCGAGUCGUCUGUCGCCCUUUCAGAAGUUCCGCUGGAUUCAUUUUCCGUCUGACGCGGAGACUCCCGGCGAUUUCACCUACCGCGUGACCCCCGUGUUCAUGGAUGCCCGGGGCGUGCUGAGCUACGGUCAUUAUCAGGAAGCCGCCCUGGAGCUGGGAGCCGAGACCUAUCCGGGCCAGUGCAACAUCGCAUUCACCCGCGGCUUCAUCUCCUCGCAGGCGUUUGUCGACAAGUUCGGCACCAACGGCGGUGUGGGCACGAUCCUCCCCACUUCGGCCAAGACGAGCCUGGAUUUCAAGCCGACGUACCCGAACGAGGAGCAGGCUCUGUCUUGGAUGGGGUUCGAGGCCCGAGAAGUCAUCCUCAAUGUUCUGGAUGCUGCCAUCGCGGAUACGACGGCGCAGGUGCGUGUGUCGGCCUAUGACUUCAACGAUAUGGAGAUUGUCUCUCGGUUGGAGAAGGUGGGAAGCCGACUCAGGAUCAUCAUCGACGACUCCGGAUCCCACAAAGCUGCUGAUUCGUCGGAGAGUAAAGCAGCAGACCUUCUGGCCAAGUCCGCGGGUGCCGAAAAUGUCCAGCGCCAGCAUAUGGGCGGCUUGCAGCAUAGUAAGAGCAUCAUCGUGAACGGCGACAAGACCAAGGUUGCGAUUGGCGGCAGUACGAAUCUCUCCUGGCGCGGCAUCUACGUGCAGAACAAUAACGUAAGCACGUUCUGCCCAUCUUAUCGCGGGCAGGGCAAAGACUAACAAUGUUCUCCUCCCCAGCUCGUCGCUCUACAAGGCGCGAAAGCCGUCGAGAUCUUCACCACGGCCUUCGAUGCGCGCUGGGAUGCAAAGGACGACCCCAGCGCGUUCGACAACACGCCCUCCGCCGACUGGAACGAUCUCGGCUACGCCGACUUCGACGCCCAAGUCACCUUCUCACCGCACAGCAAAUCCAACGCGAAGCUCGCGGAAAUCGCCGACGCCAUCGCCGCCACGCAAUCCAGCCUGCUCUACUCCCUCGCCUUCCUCUACGAAACCAAAGGCGUGAUCCGCGACGCCAUCACGAAACUCACCGACGACCAAGACACCACGAAGGACGUCUUCGUCUACGGCAUCUCCGACAAAUCCGUCGGCGGCCUCGACCUCCAAGAACCCAACGGCAACCCCCCCGUCGCCUUCCCAGCAGCUCUGAUGACACAGAACGUCCCGGCCCCGUUCCGGCAAGAAGCCACCGGCGGCAACGGCACGCGUCUGCACCACAAAUUCCUCGUCUGCGACUUCAACACCCCGCGCGCGCGCGUCUACACGGGCUCGUACAAUUUCUCGCACGCGGCGGACUCGAAGAAUUCCGAAAAUCUCUUCUGCAUUCGCGAUGCGCGCGUCGCGACGAGUUUUGCCGUCGAGGCCCUGGCGCUGUUUGAUCAUUAUACGUUUCGGGAUUUGAAGGAGGGUAAGGGUGAGGAGAAUGGAGGGGAUGAGGAGGAGGGGGAGAGUCCGUUGGAGUUGAAAGUGCCUCCUGCUGAGGGGGGGAAGGGGGAGAUGGCUUGGUGGGGGGUUUAUUGGAGUGAGGAGACGAAGAAGAGGGAUCGGGAGUUGUUUUGUGGUGGUGAUGGUGGUGGUAGUAGUAAAGGGCAGUAA